AUGGAUAUUUUUGUUCCUCUUCCUUGCCCUUCUGACCGAUGUCUGUGUUCUGCUGGCAGGGAGCUGAUGCCCAGGACCCUGGAGGGACAGAUCACCAUGGAGAAGACCCCCAGCUACUUCGUCACCAAGGAGGCCCCGGCGCGCAUCUCCUCCAUGUGCAAGGGCACCAAGCUGAUCGUGGUGGUGCGGGACCCCGUGACCAGAGCCAUCUCGGACUACACCCAGACGCUCUCCAAGAAACCUGACAUCCCCACCUUCGAGAGCCUGACCUUCAAAAACAGGACUACGGGCCUGAUUGACACCUCGUGGAGCGCCAUCCAGAUCGGCAUCUACGCCAAGCACCUGGAGAACUGGCUCCUCCACUUCCCCAUCGGGCAGAUCCUCUUUGUCAGCGGGGAGAGGCUGAUCAGCGACCCUGCGGGGGAGCUGGGCAGGGUCCAGGACUUUCUGGGCCUCAAGAGGAUCAUCACCGACAAACACUUCUACUUUAACAAAACCAAGGGCUUCCCGUGCCUGAAGAAGGCAGAGGGCAGCAGCAAACCCCACUGCCUGGGGAAGACGAAGGGCAGGACCCACCCUGACAUCGACCAGGAGGUGGUGCAGAGGCUGCGGGACUUCUACCGGCCCUUCAACAUGAAGUUCUACCAGAUGACAGGGCAGGACUUCGGCUGGGACUGAGCCUGGCAUGGGAAAGUCCCCUUUUAUUACUUGCCCAGCACGGUUUGCUUAUAUAAAGAGAUAUAUAUGUAUGUAAAAUGUACAGAAAUCUAUUUUAUAAUAAUUUAUUUUUAAUUCCUAAGCAAUUAAUUCACUAAGCUGCCUAACCGCACUGACUAGAACGGUAGCCUGUAACCUCUUUAACAUUCCACUAUGUUUAAUUCUAAUGUCUCUCUUUGUUUUUUUCCCCUUCUGCUUUCUCUUUGGUUUGGUUUGUAACAGACAGUGCUUCCACUUUUCCUAAACAAAAUUUGUAUCUAAAAAUCAAAAGAAGCAAGAGAGGGAAGGGAGGGAGGGAAAGCACAAGUUUAUUUUUGUUACGGGUAUCUGGCCUUUAUAAACACUUGCUUUCCCUAUUCCAGUGUCCCAGUCUCUGCUCCACUGUUGUGCUCCCUCAUCCCACAGUUUUCUAGUUAGCUCCACAGCCCUGGGGGGUGUUUCUCUGGGGUGAGUGGGAGGAAGGCUGGGCAUCCCUGCACCCCAUGUACCUCUGCUGAGCAGCAGCAUAUUUUCCCAGUGGCUGUAAGUGUGGGAACCCCAAGCCAUAGGGCUCCUGCUCAGGAUUGUUAGGAGGGCAAGGUGCUCUUUUUCCAGGAGAAGCUGCAGAGCCUGUUGCAUGAGCAGACCUCUCAGUAUGGUUUUCCUUCCUUCUUUUUGUCCAGGAGGUUCUUUCCCACAAUCUCUCUAUGCAUUUAAAAUCUUGACUGCAGGGCAAAUGUAAAAUGCUGUGUGGUGCUGGUCAGGCUGACUUGCAGAAAGUGUCGCUCCAAGAAUACCCAUGCACACCAGGCACUGCUGGGAGAAUGCAAUGCCUGCAGCACGUGGAGCACCCUCCACCCACUAAAGACACCAGCUGAAUAACUGGGAAAACCUCAGGUGUCUGCCUGGCAUCCCAGUAUGGAGCAUGGCCUAGGACAUGACACAGGCACUGUUACCUCCAGCCGCACAGCCACCGCAGCACGUCCCAGUACAUGAACAAGGGGAACAACACCCUCAGCCCUCUUAAUUCCCAUCACUUUUUGGUCCAGCACGCUAGCUGUGGUCUCUCCCAGGGAGUGUAAUUUGCUUAGAACCACGGAGAAGGGCUACUUUGCCAACAAGGAUGAGUAUGUAUCAAGGCAUGCUGCGGUUAGGGUAUUCCUGGAAGUCCCUGGUGCCCUGGCUGAGCACAGGGGUAGCAGCCAGGUAGGACAGGAGGCUCCACGUAUGUAACCAUUAACAUGAAUUAAAUCCUUCUCCUUGGGUGUAACCAGCUGGGACUCCAUGACAGGUUAGAUGUGCUGUCCUGAGAGCUCUGCCAGUGUUUUGUGAGCUCAGGAGGUCCUGAUAAGCACUGUGUUGUCUGAUGCCUUAUCAUUACUGUCAGAGGUUCUGCCAGCUUGACUGGAACACUUUCAGAGCAGGGUGGCAGCAGAAGUGAUUUUCUCAUUGCAUUUUUAACAGAAACAGAGCUAUGAUGUCUUUGGGCAGACAAAACUCCCCACACCUUACCUGCAGCACUGAAAUGAUGCACUGUACCAAGCAUCUCCAGGUAUUGCUGUGGGAGCACUUCCAUAAGCAGUGUGAGUAAAACUGGAAGUAAAAUCAGCACCAGUGGGCAAAGCACCUAAUUUCAUAUUCAUUGCCCAUCGAAAUUCAUGUCCUGCACAUCUCCACAGUUACCCAUAGCUCCCCCAUGGAGGUGCCCAUUGCUGAGCUGUGCCCAGGUGUGCUGGGGCCCAUUCAGCGGUGUUUCCCAAAGGUUUGUUUUAGUUUGCAGCCUCCUCACUCUUGCCAGCCCUUUCCAUCUCUCUGCUGUGGCUGUUGGGUGUUGAAAAUAUUCCUCAGAGCCUGGACUGCUCUGGCUGGGUCUUGAUCUAGUCCUGCCACAGAGCAGACAGAGCAAAGAGCAGACUUGGCCCUGGGUCUGCUGCAGGUGCCAGAGAGCUGCCCUUUGGAGUUUUGUUUAAACCUGAGUGCUUGUGGCUUGGCUCAGCAGUGUCACACCUCCAAAGGGAUUUAAGAACUCACACUACCAUGUGUGGGUUCACACUUGGGGUGCAAUGCACAUGGGUGACCUCAAGGAAAGGGAGAUUUUAAGCAUAACACCAUCAGGCUGAGCUGCCUACAGAGCUGAUGUGAGCAGGAUGCAAAUCCCUCCUUGGGGUUUGCCUCCAAGCACAUCUUCCCACAAACAGGGAAGUUCUUUUUUUCCCUGGGCCACUUCUAGUGAAGAAAUGGCACUUUGAGCCAAUGCAGUCUGACUUCAGGGGGUACAGGAGGGAUGUGGGACCUGCUGGGCUGUGCAGGCUGACACCCCCUGCUUUCCCCCUGUCCUGCGAAAUCCAGCUGCAGGCCUGAGCAGCUGGGUGGAUCUAUGCACUUUUGAGGGGUUUGGCUUCAACUCCAGCCAGGUCCCUGGCUCUGUUUCCUGCUGCCAGGACAGGUGACGAGUGCAGGAGUGCGUCUGCUUUAUCCCAGACCCUGCCACUGUUGGGUGACUGAGGGGAAGGAGCUGCAGACACUGAGAAGAAAAUACUUCCUAGUGGAAAAACAAGUGAUUUUUGGUUCUCAAAACCGCAGUUGUCCUUCUAGCUGCUUAUGCAAUGCAUGGAAAGAAGCUUGACCUCUUCACUUGGCUCUUGGAUGAGCUACCAGCCAUAGCUGUGCCACUUCCCAGAGCGUUUCACUGGCGCAGCCUCCACCACCUGUGUGUUGGCAUGGGCUCCUUUCCAGGUGCUUCCCUCGAGUGUGUGCCGACUGCUCGGUGCUGGAAGAGUUUUGCUUCCCCUGUGUCUUCCUUGCUUUCCUGGAAACAAGUUUUUAACAUCCCAAUGCCUUCCUCAGCUGUGCAGCAGAGUGUGGGCUUAAUUUGUGUAAUCAAGCCCUGCUGCGAAGAACUCUCAUGGAGAAAAUUUGUUGGAGAGUGGAAAUACAGAGAGUGAGGAAUAACUUUUCAGACCAUAAGCCAAUUGUUAGUCCUGACUCAAUAUCCUUCAUAAUGAAGUCUGCACUAGACUUUUAAUGUAAAAAAGCCUUACCUAACAAAUAUGACCAUGAACGUGAAUUCUCCGUGGUGGUCAUCUGGUUGCUAAUAUUGGAAUCAGUGCAUUUUUUUUCAAAUACUCCCCCUUAUUUUUUAAAUUAAGCUUGGAGGUGUGAUUAGAAGUUUUGUAGGUUGACUUUUUUUUUUCCCAUUGUAAUAUUAAUUUAUGGCUGAGUUUCAUUCAGUCCUCCUUCAGUAUCCAGAAGUGCAGUGUAGCUAUUAGUGAUGUCUUGUCUGUAACAUGGUUCUAUAGUGUAGUAGCCAAUUUGUAAAAAAAAAACAAAAUAGAAAGAAAAACAAACAAAAAAAAGCCACAAAAAAAGAAAAUCUAAAAAGAAGUAUAUGGAGUAUUUUGUGGUAUGUACAACACAAAUUAAUUUUACACAGAGAAAGAUGUUUCUAGGAAAAUGAAAUUCUGAUAAUUCAUACUAUUUGUAUGAACAAAUAAAAA